AUGAGCGAACUCAAGGUAGAUUUUACUGGCCCACUGUCAAAGUACCUGGCUAAGCCAGAGACCUUGGAUGUGCUCACGACCUAUUUAACCAAGACGUCUGAUCCUCUCUGGCGGUUCAUUUUUCUUCAAUCGCGCUCCUCGCGGUCUCCUCUAGGAUGCACUAGGGAGCAGCUGGCCAUGCUUCUCACGCAUCACCAGGUAAUGCCUUCGUUUCUAGACCUGGUCAUGGCGUUCAGUCCCAGCUCAAAGCCACCGACACAUGCCAUGUUCAAGCACGAGAACUAUCUUGAAAAAGACAGCCCCCGAUUCGCCGUGCCUGGUCUUGGCAGAUCAGGUCGUCAGAUUCAGUGUGCCUUCAAUCUCUUAUCGGUGGAAGCUACCGAUGCACCAAACGAGGGCAACCCAUGGCCGCUUCGUCAGACGGCUCUGUGCCACACGUUUGAUGUGGUGAGCGGACAGACACUAUUCAUUGUGCUAAAGGCAGACACAAACAUUCUCAAACGCAUUCACCAAGAAGCUCUCAAUAACCCUGAAAUGCAACCCAGCCUAUUCACAAAUGUUGAAAAAUCUUUUGCUGCAACGCUGUUGGUUCAGCUCAUCAUAGUAGAGUGGUGUGCCGAGAAUUGGGCGGAUUACAUCGAGUACUUUGAGACAAAGGUGCGAGACAAGUCCAUUGAAGGGAAAAUGGCCCCCAUUUCAGCUGCCACGACGUCCAUGGCAAUCGAGAUGGAUCUUUCUCGGAGGAGCACGACGACCUCACCAGCUGCGUCCAGAAAGGGAACCUUCCCCAGACAAACAACUUUCGGUCGAGACUCACGGCCGCCGACACGUAUGCUCACGCAAAUUGACACCGAUACGCCGGAAACACCCAGGGCUGUAGAUGAAUCCCAGCCUGCGAGUCCGGUCAUGCCCAGAUCCCCGCCCAGACGGCGGACAUCGAGUCUUCGCCAGUCUGUUGCGGGCAUGUUUACCAGAGCGUCGAGCUCUCAGUCCAAGAACGAGGACAUUGAGAUGGGGCACCGGAACAGCCACGAAGACGAGUUAGUCGAGUAUGACCUUGAUGAGAAACUAUCCUUUGAAGAGUUUCAGAGAAUGAACCGCUGGGGCUCAGAGCUUGAGCAGUCAAUCAUGGUCAUUGGGCAAAAUCUGGGGGUCCUGGAACAGUUGCAGAAGCAUUAUCGCGAGAUCAUUGAAUCUCAUGAAUACCAGCAGCACAUCAGGGCGAGCGAUCUUACAAGUCGUAUCGCGACUUUCUUUAAGCGGAUUGAUGGAGUUUCACGAGAUCUUGUCGUUCACAGAGAUCGGCUGGAGGCGGUUGCGCGCACACUGGAAAAUGACAAGGCCAUGUAUGGAGCUGCGCUGCAGUACGAAAGCGCUCGAGUAUCGAAGCAUUUUGCCGUUACGGCGAGGGAAUCGGCCGACAGAAUGGAAGACUGGACACGACAAAUGCACAGCAUAGCUAUCAAGACGGAACACGAGACAGUGUCGAUGCACGUCAUCACCAUCUUUACUCUCAUCUUCCUCCCCGGAACCUUUGUUGCAACCUUUUUCAGCAGCGGCGCGAUUCAGUGGGAUGAGGACGGAACCUUGGGCACAGAUUAUAUAGCUAGACCUGGCGGCAUGAAGUUGUUCUUCAUCACCAUUGUGCCUUUGACGGUGGUGAUUAUGAUCAUUUGGGGCUUGAUCUACUGGGUCGCACGCCGACACAGGAAGGCCAAAAAUGGGGACAUGGUGCUCAUAGAGGAGAAGACGCAGUAA